AUGACCGACGGGGACGCCGUCUGCCGCCUCUUCCACGGCGCCCUGCAGCUGCUGCAGAUGGUGGUGCUCGCGUGCUGCGCCUCGUCCGAAGAGUUUGGGCAGCUGCGGCCGGACGCCUCGGCUGCGCUGGAGGCGCUGGAGCUCUCCGCGACCUGCACGGACCUCCUCCACCGCCUUGGCGCCGUCGGCAUCGUCUCGGACUUGUUGUGCGACGACUUCCCAGUGACGGUGCGCCUGGCGGCGGCGCGGUUGCUAUUCGUUAUGCUCCUGCGCGACGGUGGCGGCGCGGCGCGGGCCGCCGACUCCCACGUGCGUGAUGUCCUCAGCAGCCCGGGGCCGUUCGGCCUCCUCCUGGCGGCGCUGACCUCCACCGAGGCGUACACCGCCACCGCGGCAACGCACGCGUCCGUCGGCAACGCCACGAAGGAUGCUCCGCCGGCGCAGGAGACGUGGUCGUCGCACAACACAACUUUCACUGAGGUGGAGGCGGCCGCCGCGACGCUGCCAGAGUUGUGCCUGUCGCUGCGGCUUCACCUCGCGGCGUGUCUGCGGGAGCUCGCCAACACGCACUACGCGCGCCUCGCCGGCGACGAGGUCUUUGAUGUCCUGCUGCGAAUUGGCGAGACGGACUCAAGUGGCGACUUACGUGCCUUGUGCAUAGAAACCAUGCACGUCGUCCUCCGCCACUGCACACCCGCGCAGUGGGCGUCUCUCGGGUUAAGAAAAGAGUUAACGGCACUCUGCUCCACGCAGCUCAGGCGUGAAGGCCACCAUGACGCCCUGUGUGCCACGCUGUGCCUCCUUGAAACCCUCAUCCUGACGGAUGCGGGCGACAGCGCCGUGGAUGACGCCUCCUGCCUGGAUGCAAGAGGUGACGAAUGUGACGACGCCUCCGUCUGCGAGUUGCUGCUGGCGUUGUUUGCGGACCGUGCGUUGGCGGCACUUAUCGGCGACGCCACCGCCAGCGCCGCCGCCCCGUCCGGCGGCAGCCGCAAGACGAAGGCCCCCUCAGGCAGGAGCCACGCGGGGGAGAGCCAACCCCGCCAGCUGGAGCAGAGCUACCGCCCACUGCAGGAGCGACAGCAGAGCCGCGCCGGAGGCCCAAGUGCAGCUGAAGCUUUUGUUGCAGGGACGACGGUCGCCUGCCUCUCCGCGCGCUGCCUACGCUUGCUUGUGCAGCACGCCCCUUACUACCGCAAUGCGGCCUUUUUCCUCGUGCAGCAUCUUCCCUCCUCCUCACGGCUGCUGAAGACGAGUGUGCGAUUGGCGACGUUUGUUGGCGCAGGGCACGGCGGCGAUGACGCGUUGCAUGGUGCUGGGCGUGGCCGCGGUAGUGACACUCCCACCGGGCGCGAGGGCGGCGGCGUGGACGAGGCGGCGCUGAUGCUGGCGGUGGAGUUGGCGAUUCUGGUGGGGCUGUGCCUCGCACAGGACCCGCGGGCGCGCCAGCUGCUCGCCGCCGAGUUCUGCCACCACCACCUGGAGGCGCAGCAGACGCGCUCGGCGCUCAUCUCUAACCUCAAUCUCGUCUCUCUCUCGUACUUUGCCGCGCAAGGGGGCGGCGGCGUGUCGGCGAUUGUGGACGUCACCGGCAGGCGGCUCAACACGCUGGGGGCCGUCGCGUGGGACACGCCGGACCGCCCCUCGCGGGCCGCCGUGCACAGCCUCUUCACCGCCCAGGAGUCGCGGUGGAACCGCGGGGAGCUGCAGCGGGUUUCCCCCGCCCCGGCGUCCCGCGCGCAGGACGCGGCGGGGGUUGCCGAGGCCGGUGCCGGCAGCGCGGAUGCAGCGGACGACCUCAGCAGGGAAGCCGAGGCGGCGAGGUGGCGGGGGGAGGAGGAGGAGGAGGAGGGUGUGCUGCCUGCCUCGCUCGCGGCCUCAGAACGGCAGCGGCUGCAGCGGCUCACCUUCAUUGUGCUUAGCUACGCCAUCCACUACACCUUCAAGUUUGCCACCGAGGACGCGGCCGCCGCCACGCAGUUCGCCGCCGCGCUGCGCUGCACAGCCGAUGACGAUGGCCUGCGUGAGGCGCUUGCCCCCGUCGCGGGCAAAGCCCCCCGCUACUACGAAACUUACAUGUUGGACGCGAGCGGAGGCGCCACGCGUGAGGAGGCCGCGGGGCCGCAGCCACCGAUGGCGAAGUCGUUUCUUUUUCCUUCCCGACGAGACCGCCCCCUGCGGGGACGCGGGCGUCACGUCUCCCCUGCAGGAGCGAACGGCGCAGGCUCCGUGGGCGAGUGUGUCCGGGAUGUGCCUGACGGCCCGGCGGCCGAGCUGACCGCGGAGGAGGCGCGGCUCUUUCUCCGGUUCCACCGCGGCCUGCGCCUCUUCUGCGACCUCGCACAGUUUUACACCCCGCACCCGACCUCGCUGCUGAGCCGCACCGCCGUGUACCAGGCGACUGCGGAGAAGGGCAUGGUGCGGCGCCAAGGCCGGCGCGAGGCCCAGCGCACCAUAGCGAAGAUCCUGCAGGAGGCGCAGGAUGCCGCUGUGCCUCCGCCGCGGUUACAGCCACAAUCUGCGCCGCAGCCGCAGCGGCGGCGGCAGCAGCAGGUCUCAAGUCUCGGUCUGUUGGGCGUAAAUACACGCGCCUGGUCCAUCAACGAGCUACAGGAGGAGGAUUUGUUUUACUUUUACAUCCCGUACCCGCAACUCACAAGGGAGGCCCUGCAGUACACGCGGCGCCGGGCCGUGACGCACGGCAAGCGCUUGAAAAGAGUGUUUGCCGUCACCCCACAGGCCGCCAAGGCGCGGCGGUGGCUGCUGCACGAUGCCAUCGCAAACAUCAUGCCGGGCGUCGUACACGCGCUCUCGCAGUUCAUUCAGUGGUUUGACGCCUACGGCGCGGAUGCCGUGAAGCUGCCGCUGCUCAUCUACUUCGACGACGAUGAGGUGCGUGGCGCGGGCGGCGGCGGCGGCGGCGGCGGCGGCGAAGGUAGAACCACCCCGUCGCCCCCCGCGCCACUGCCGCGGGCGGACGAGGUGGCGCUGCACGCCGGCAAUCUUAUUCCGCUGCUGCAGCCGAUUGCCUUUUACCUCCAGCGCCAGGGCCAGUGGCUGACGCCGGAAGACCGAGACGCGCAGUCGCGCGAGGGUUCGGCGUCCGUGACUGCGGUGACGCAAGGAGGCACACCGGACACGGCGCGUGCGUCGUACGCGUCCCCGUCCACGUCGGUGCUGCAGGGUGAUGCGAGAGGCACCGUCACCCCGGUACGCGGCGCCACCACCGCCGCCGCGCCGGCAUCGACGGCACGCAAGUCGGUGUUGAUGCGCGACAUUGAGCGGCAGAUUGAGCGGCUGCAGAAGUUGGACGUCCGUGACGUGGAAGGCGACCCCGAAGUUGCGGGGGAUUCGCUUCUGCCUGACAUCGCUGCGAGUCCGUACGGCGGCGGGUGGGCCCCCCACACAGCAGAAGUCAUGGGCGGUCUCGGCCGGCACGACGAGGACGAGGACGACGAGGACGACGAGGACGAGGAUGAGGCGGACGACUUUGACGAGCUGACGGCGGUGACGCAGGUGAACCACGCCUGGGCGACGCAGCCGCGGUGA